GAAAUAUUUCUGUUUUCAUCACAAAGUCGCAUAAUUCGAGUAAAGAAUCGUUUCAAAUUAGCUUAAAUGCACCUGAAUAAACUAUUUUCGACACAAUCUCGUUGCUAUAGAAUUUUUAAUUCGAUCGAUGUGUGCAAAAACACUUAUUAAACAUGUCGAAAAUAAAGAAAUUGACUGGCUCAUUUCGCUAUACUCAGUGGGAUCCUUUUCUAAUAAUUUCGCAAAUAGUGGCAAUGCAGUCAGUGCUGUAUCUUAGCUUGUGUCUCCUCGUAGCUAUAAUGCAGGAUUUGACUGGGUCUACGAGGACUUUGGAUCACAUUUUUGCCUAUCAUGAGUUACAUGUCAGAGACAAUGAAGGCAGAUCGGUGAUAACUGCAUUUGUAAUAAAUGCGGUUGUAGGAGCCUUGCUGUUAUGGACCAUUGUUGGACGGACAAAACUUUGCUUAGAUUUCAGCUGCACAUAUCACGGUCUGCACCUUAUAGCAUGCUGGAUUUACAACGGCACAUUCCCAACUACAUUCUCGUGGUGGAUGCUGAAUAUUGCGUGCGCUGCAAUCACCUGCGUCUCCGGGGAGUUUCUGUGUCUACGUACUGAAUUACAAGCCAUACCUCUAAGCACCAUAGGCGCCAAGGUGGACUUAUGAGUGUUACUGUCCAGGAGCUGCAUCCAGGUGAUCUCUGAAGCUUAUAUGAGACUGUAGGAUAUAUUCAUAGUUUCCACUUUUUUAACACUAGUUGUUGAGGCGGAGAACAGAGCGGCGUCUUUGAGACUAAAGGCCCCUGUUUCGUUGAACCAAGAAGUUAAUUAUAGUGUGAAUAUAGAAAAGUCCAGAUGCUAUACACGAACAGCGAAAGAAAAUUGAUAUUCAGUCUUUUCUGGGUAGUGUUUCCUCAGGCCAUACUCAAAAGUUUUGUAGAUUAUUUGUAGAAGCUGGUUUAAACGGCAACCCUGUAAAAGUAUGACAGACAUAGUUAGUGCAAAGGAUGUUCUGAAUAGCAACACUGUUAAAAUCCACCUAAACUUCAAGUAAUAUACAUGAAUGGUUUAUACCUCCAUCUGAAAUCCCGAUAUUAUUACAAAUGAAAGAAAUAAAAUACUUGUAUUUUUACUUUAUAAUUACAUUUUUUUAAAUACACUUCCCUACUAAAGUUAUUGCUGGUGACUAUUCAAAAGUAUAGAUUAAGGUUGUCUGGAAGAAAUUGCUACUUAGCAAUAAGGCCGCCUGUUGUACAUUGGCUUACUCUGUGAUACUUUCAUUACUGUUCUGUGUCAUUGUAAUUUUAAUGUGUAAUAAAGAAUAUUUCUUUCGUUCAUUCAUUCAAGUAUAAAAGAAAAUACAAUUUCAGAGAUAAGUAUUGUUUACUUUUUGUGUAUUACAUACUUUGAAAUUUAGGCACGUAUAUUCUGCUAAUUACAAUAUCUGCAUAUGGAUUAAUUGCUAAAUACUAAUCUCACAGAACUAUACUACCAACAUCGUAAACCACAACUUUUGUUACAUGACUUUUUACAACACAUAAUGAAUUUACCAAAAAUAUUUUUUUAAGUUUUUAUUGUACUAUCUGACACUUUAAAAAGUGAUAUAUAUGAUGAUAGUGAUAUAAGUGAAUAAUAAAGAUCUGUGUUUUUAUUUCACAUUCACAGAACCGCACUAGGGCAACCCUGUAUGCCGUAGACUCG